ACAGCCCCUCUCAGCCCCCGGGCGCUGGGGCUGUGCCGUGGCCAUGCUCGCCUGUAUGCUCUGCGGCGCCGGGGCUGGCCGGGCCCUGCCUGCCCCCGCGUCCCGGCCCUGCCGCCCGCCCCUCGUAGGGAGCCUCUUGCGGGGUGUCCCUGAUGCUCUGUGCACAGAGCCUGGAACGUGUAAACCCUGAGCGUGGGCUGCUGCUCUGAAGGGAUUGAGAAACUCUCUCCCCGAAGAUGCACGGGGCAAGUUUGAGUGGCACGUGACGCAGCAGAGUGGUGACACCGCGAGAAAGCAGCUGGGAGCCGGAGCCUGGGCUGUGCCGAGCCUGGAGCCCUUGUGUCGCUUGCGCUCUGCAGAUGGCAUGACUGAAAACAGCACCUUGUGCUCCCUUGGGCUGCAGUCCACGCCCUAGCAGUAUGGCCUGGGGGAGGGAGGAGGAAAACCCAAUUCUGAAACUCCUGCUCGUUUGUCCUUCAGAGAGUAGAGUUUCUUUGCUCAGAAUUCAUGUGGGGCUGCACUGCUGGAGUUAGGCUUAUGUGGGUAUGAGUAGUCAUGCAGCAAAGUUAGGACCGAAAUUCCUGUGUCCUGACAAGUGUGGCAUUUACUCGCGUUGUGGCAUGGGGACUCGGGAAGUGUGGGCACUACUCUGUGCUUUGCUGGUUGUUCUCCAAAAAGCUCCUUUGGGGGUCCUGUGAGUAAGGGGAGGCAAUUUGAGGGAGAAGAAUGUGUGACAGAUUUCUUAAAAGUGUGAAUAAUUCUGUAGUAAAGGCAGGUGGGCAGCCAGCCUUUUUAACAGCAGUAGAGAGAUGCUCAUCUGAGCUGUCUUCACUUACCUGGUUCAAGAGUUCUCCAGGCUUACCUGGGAGGGUCUUGUUUGGAAGGAGAGAAACCGAGUUUAGGGAAGUUUCUCACGUUUUGGGAAGUCUCUGAGUGAGAAACGAGGCUUGUGCCAGCAAAGCUGCAGGUAGCUCUGUGCUGCCUUGCGAUGCAAACAUGCCUUUGUCUCCAGGUCAGAUUCCUCUUAAGCCUGAGCUCUGUCAUUAUUAGGCAUGCUUUUCUGGUGUAGCUUUAUCAGGGAGGCCCAGAGCCACUGCUGCUCUUUGUUCUGUGAACAACUAGCCUAGGUCAGGGGUUCUUGACUUUUUUUUUAUGGUUGAGCCACAGCUGCCCACCUUCUCUUCCUUCUUGUUUGUGUCAUUCUUCCUGCCCCAGCUCCCCCCAGCAUGGUUACUGCUAUCUGGGCACCUUGCUGGUUGGUUCGUGGUCACGCAGGUCAGGGCCAGGAACAGAAUCUGAGCUUGUGGCUUUCCACCAUUGUCCUGUUCUUGAGACCUCAGUACUUCUAAAACUAGUAAAGAUACAUUUGUGGGCAGCAUUAAGGUAUGGGAGUGUGGCUAGUUCUCUGAAUUCAUAUGUAAUUCCAAAGGCAGAGAGGGACCUUUCUGGGCUUCACCUUGAGCCCCACAGAUCACACCUGAGCAGAGCCUCUGGGGUUAACCCAGCACCUGCUCUGCAGCUCAUUUCCUUUGACUUCGCACAGGCAGUUGUCCUCUCCGUAGCUUAAUUUUGUGGUGGUGCACUGGGAAUAAUCCCUCCCUAUUUUAGUACAGUGCUGUGAAUAUGAAUAUAUAGAAUGGCUUUAGGUGUUUGAAUACUAAAACAGUAAGUGCCAUAAUUACUUUACAAAAGUUGGGACUUCUGGAUACUUAAAAUAUCAAAAGUACGUUUUCUUUUAAAGGUAUUCAGAUCUCUUUUUAUCUGCCAUUCCUGAUUAUCGUCUGGAAAAUGAGGUUUGUUUUGCUUCCAAAUUGUUAACACAUGUACCUAUAAUGAGUUUCUGAUGGUAGCUUGGAUCAAUAAAUAUCCUGUUUAAUAGCUAAUCCUAUUCAUAAACAGAGUUAAAAAAGACUUAAUUCCUCUUUGUGAUUCCUGGCCUAUUUGUCUGUCAUUAAUGUAAAGCCAGUUAUGUCUUGGUAAUGAAUAGCUUGUGUAUUUUUAACACACAGCCCUUAAUCACAUUGUUUCCUUUAUGAGGAGAGCUGUGAAUGGAUUGAGUCCUUUAGUUCACAUUUGUAGUUCACCCUGGCAGCUGGUCUAUAAAUAAACCUGCAGUGGCAGAGUAGGGGUUUAGGUAUUUGCAUUGCAUGUACUGUCUUGGGGUUAUUUCCUGUGUUUUAAUGAUGGAUGACAGAUGCAGUUCAAAUCUUUACGGUGCCUGGAGUAUGUCUGUUUUGGUCUUUUAGAAGGAUAAAGGGUGAUGUUGGUCCCCACUGUUUGUGCAGAUCGGGCUACUACUAUUAAAGUGAAGAAUAUUUUUCCCUGGUUUAUUUUGUGCAUUUGACAGCAGGCUCUUGGGUAGUAGGCCUCAGCAUUUGCUUUGCAACAUCCAUUGGUUUUCCAUGGGGCCUAUUUUUGUGGAUGAGUUACUAGCAGAAAGAAGGAAAAGAAAUAGCCGAAUGGUUAUGGAACUACAGGUCUUGGGAAUAUAGGGAGCAGGUGUCAGUUUCCAAACUUGUGAUUAAAAAGGAAAGUAAUACUCGAUUGCUAGGCAACAGCACUCUUUAAAAUUGCCUUCACCCUAGGAUGCAGGCAGGGUAGGAAUGGUUUUUAGGAUAUGCGCCACUGAUAAGACCUUGGUCAGAGCUGUUGCACUGGCCUCUUGAGUGCUCAGACACAGACCUUUUCAGUGCUCCCAUGGCCGUGUUAGUAGUGCAGAUUCAUGCAGACCAUUCUUGUGAAGCACGUUGGUGUUUGUGCUCUAAUGAAAGAGGUCCUUUUCUUGUCCAAAUCUCCUUGUGUUUCUUUGGAGAUACUGUCACCACGUAAGCCUGGGUUGGCAGUGAAAGGAGAAGUCCCAGUCUUGUGUUUUGCCACCAGCAUUCACGUGGCCACAGGUUGAGUUGGAUCAGGGAACUGAUCUAGCUGAAAACUGUCUGAUUUACAUAAGUGCUAAAGCCAGCAUAAGGGAGGUGCUGGAAAUGUGUGAUGGGGGGACACAGGUCUUCCUUUCUUCGUACUGUGUGCCCUGAUGUUCAUUCAAAGUGAGUACGUAAUCCUGCUCUCCUUAUCUGGAAGAUGCCCUUGCUUUAUAUCAGUUCCCUGAGGUGAUCUACUCAUGUGUUUGCACACAUUUGACGAAAAUACUGUAUGCGGCCCAAUUCUGUUAGCUAGGAUGAAGUUUUCCAGAAUUUCUCCAUUCAAAAACAACUAAAAAUUGCAGUAAAUAUAAGUUAGCUCUUUAAUAUCAAGAAAAAAUAGUGAAGGUGAUAGCUUUAGCACUUCAAAAUGGUGCAGUGGAUAAAUAACUUCCAGAGGUUUAUAACUGGUGAAGAGUUCUUUGUUGUGCAGUAUUGGAAUUCGAUGUCAGUCUGUUGCAUUUAAUGCAGUAAGACUGAAGGGCCCUUGAGAAGAGAGUGUUUACCGCAGCAGGUUAUUGUGUACUCAGACUUAUUUAAUGAAGUAGAAAUUGGGUCAUUUUAGUGAAUAUUUGAUUAACAAAUUCUUCACCCCUUUCCGAAUCUUACUCUGAGCUCUUGUCUGAGGUCUGUGCUAACUUUUAACAGAUAUAUGGAGAGGGGCCAAGUGUCUCUGUGAUGCUGAUUUAAAAAAAUUAGUCUAACUAUGAGAUAGAGCCACUGCAGCAGGGUAGGAACUGGGAGAGAGGUUUCUCUGCACAGUUCUUUAUCACUGCUUUGGUGCAGCUAUGAGUGGUCAAUGUUAUAUCAAUCUUUGUGUUAGGCCUCUCAUUUGAGGACAGUGUCCAUUUAAAUACUGCCUUUGCCUAGCAUGAACAACUUGGGAAUUAAUCCUGCUUGAGCAGGAGAUUGGACUAGGUGACCUCCAAAAGUCCCUUCCAAGAUAAAUCCUUGGUCUGGGAUGUAUUAGUGACUAAGUACUAAGCAGUGGUGGUGUUUUGCCUGUCCCAGGGUGUUGUGGGCUGCACUCCUGUAUCACUUGGGCAAUACUGACAGGGGCAAUACUCCCGGGCAAGACUACUGGGAAUUCUUGCAAAUUUUCCUGUGCUUGAAGGUUAAGGUGUUACUCUUCCCAUACGUCCCUGAGCACUGAAACCUGAUGACCUGGGGAGAGCCACCUUCAGAAGCAUACUCGAGUCACAUGCAUUCCCCGUGCCUGUGCUAAGUGCAGCCUCUGAGCCUUUUUAAGGCCUACUGGUGUGAGGCAACAUGUGCACUGGGAAGGAGAAAAGCACCAGGAGCGCUGGGGCCGAUGGCUGUCAUCAAUUUAUAGAGGCUCUUUAAUUUUGGCACCACCUUGGAGUGUUCGUGUGGCAGCACCGAGUGUGACAGAGUGAAGGGCCUCUGUGCCCUUUGGAGUUUAGUUAUUUAGUAAUUAGCCACUUCACAGAGGGGAAAACUGGGGGCAGGAGAGAUCAAGGUCAAGAGGGAGCAAGUUGGGACUGGGUCUGGUUGAGGAGCACCUGGAGACAGACCCAAACUAUUGGCUGUUCGGUUCUAGAAAGGAAACUGGCAUGUUAUGAUAGCUGAAGUUAUGACUCAUUCUUUGUGAACCCACUUGCACCUUUGAAUGCUGUACUCCAUGCCACAGAUGCAUUUUUCUCUUCCCUCCACCCUGAACCUUCCUGCUAAUUGGAAGCAUCCCCCCUGUUUACUAAGUUCCUAACAGGAUGCUUCAUACCAAAUAAUCAAUCAUGUGAAGUUUCUUAGCUUGUGACACAUCCUAACGUGCCGAGAAAUAAUUCUUAGCUAAGAAAGGGGUACUGAGUCAUCUGGAAAAAUAAACAGUCCUUAGACAUUUAAUGCUCUUGAUGCUUCUCCUGGUAGUUUUGUAACUUCAAACCUUCACUGCUGCCAUAGGGUAGAAAAAACCAGUGACUCCACCCAGGAACGAGGAGAGAGUUCAGAGUUUAAGCAGCACUUUAGGACAUUUUAGAUGUGCCUUUAGCGUAUCUAGCUAUGCUGGUCCUGAUGUUGCUGUCCCUUUGACAGCAUGUGCCUGUGCGUGCCUUGCCAUGAGCCAGCAGACCUCUCCUAUUGGUCUUAUAUAGUGGAGAGGAUGAGCAGACCCAUCCUCUCCAGCCACUAAGGCCACCUUGCCUGCCAGGAAAAUAGAGACAGGUGACAGUAGCAGCUGGACUCCCCAAGAAGCACCCAUCAAGGACACCAGAGAGGCUGACUUGCUGCUGCUUGUUUGGGUUUUGUAUGGGGAUCCAAAUACUCAGUGUGAUUCUCGAGGAGGUAGGAGCAGUAUUACCUUCUGGAUUUGAAUUUCAUAUGGGGAGACAGUACACCCAAGAGCAGAACAAGACAAAGGCAGACUGUGGGCUUAAGCAAGUCAACAGAGUUGAAUUUGCUCAGAAAUCCAAGCAGCAGCAAGGCCCAGGUAUUGGACCUUGGUUGGCAGAAGAACUCUAAAUGCCCCAGGGCCUUGCUGUCAUUAGGAUCAUGCAGCUAGGUAAGGAACUGUGGCAUAAACACAGCCUUCUUGGAGUCUCAUUUCAGAGAGGGGACAGUGUGGGAAAGCCCUGAACUCAUUUGGUGAUCUACCCCACAGAAAAAUGGCUUUGUUUAGUAAAUAAAUCUAAGCUUUGGCUGUUGCUGUUCUCUUCCAAACCUGCCUGCAAGACAGGCGAGAUGGUUUGCCACACAUCGUGUGCUUUGCUCAGGAAAUGCUGCUCAAAGCUGCUGUGGUGCACAUCUCUCAUGCUUCUCAUCUUGCUCUCAGGUAACACUCGUUCUGUAGAAAAGCUGCCAAGUAAGCAAAUGCACUGGAGGAAAAAAAAAUGAAAGAGGGAGUGAAGAUUUAGGCUGGACUUGGUUGUAAUAAGAAGAGCUGUGGCAUCGUCUGUCACAAGGCUCUGGUUAGUUUCUUCUCUCUAAAGAAGCUAAGCUUUGUUUUUAAAAUAAAAGUCAAGAAAAUGGCUUUAUGAUGUAUUGCUAUAGUUUGGCCCAAAACUCAUCAGAACUGGCAAAGAGAGAUAUGAGGUCAAUGGAUUUUUAAGGAGAGAAGCAAUGUCUGUGUUGGUUACACUGCCAAGGUCACAGCAGUACUGUCACAUGACAGUAGUUACAGUCAGGUGCAAAGUCUUAGCUGUACCUGAGCUGGCCUGAAAGAGGACUGGCUUUAGAUCUAUGUUUUCUCCAUUCACUUGGAUCUGCCAGCAUAACCACCUGGGUCAGUGCUUCCUAAUGAUGUCUGGGAAAGUGAUCCAGGUUCAGAUAAGCCUUUGUGACUGUGCAUGCAAGCUGGUCCCCGUCAGUCUGACAGAAUGAGGUUAGGGAACUGCUGUAGAUGUAGUCAGGUGUAGUCAGGGUGUGGUACUCAGUCGGAGUAACCCAACUCAGCUGCUUUCGGGGGUGGUGUUUCGCUCUGGGUUGAGUGAGCACUAUAAAGUUACAGGGAACUGUUCCCCCAGGCAGCCUGAACAGGGCAAGAUUGGCAGCAGUGAUGCUGUGGUCUGCAAAGACAGCCUGCUAAACACCUUUAUAUGCUAAGAGGGAGCGUGCCCUUACCAGCAGAGCUCUGACUUGCUUCUUGUCUGGCAAAUGUUUUUUUAAAGCUCUGAUGCCAGUCUGCAGAGUAUCUCAGGAUUUUUGCUUGUUUUUGUAGGUAACUCUGGUAGCAUUUACAAGUAAUCUUGAUGGCUUUUACUGGACACCACAGCCACUAAACUAGUUUACAUCUGAAAUUCUAAACCUGCUUCUUACAUGAUUCACAGUGCACACAGAAGGGCCCUUACCUUUGUGCAUAGGAAACUGCAAUGCAGUAAUACUGAAUCCAGCUUUGUAGUAUAUAUGUCUGAAUUACACUGCCUCCUGAAGUCAGGCAGAGGUUGUAGAUCUGCUUUGUAGCAUGCUGUGAGCGCUGCUGCCACUCUCUGCUGUGGAUUGCAGCCUUUAAAUAAGUGCUGAGGCUCUGGUGUGUGAUUCACGUAAAGGAAAGGAAGCAAACCAAAUUCCAUCCAUUUUCCAGAGUUCAUAAUUCUCUUCUUUCUUAUGCAGGUUUGUUACCAGAAUCCACAUGGCUCUCUUCAAUAGACGAUUGGUUUUAUCCUUAACCCAUCUAAGCAGUGCUGUGCUCCAGCGACAGUUCAGCACCACUGGAGCAUGCCGAGCAAUACAGAAACUCACCCGCGUGCGAGUGGUGGACAACAGCGCCUUGGGGAACACGUCCUACCACCGGCCACCAAAAUGUAUCCACGUGUAUAACAAGACCGGAGUUGGCAAAGUAGGAGAUAAAAUCCUCCUGGCUAUCAAAGGAGAAAAGAAGAAAGCUUUAAUUGUAGGGCACAAGAUGCCUGGCCCCACCAUGACACCUAGGUUUGAUUCCAACAAUGUGGUACUCAUAGAAGAUAACGGAAAUCCAAUCGGGACUAGGAUAAAAACACCAAUACCCUAUAUCCUGCGACGGAAAGAAGGCGAGUUCUCCAAAGUAUUGGCCAUUGCCCGCAACUUUGUGUGAAAGCUAAGAGAGUUCUUUAGCAAUCCUGUUAUAUCCUUUCAUACAGUAGAUGUUAUUUGGUCCUCCUUUACAAACUGAUGAAACAUGAAAAAGUUGAGGUUCAUCAAGAGUCUCUCCUUCUAUUUAAGAAUUACAAGCAACUAGUUUAAAUGUUGAAAUAGUUUCUUUUUCUCCAAAAGAAGGUUGAUUUAUUUCACAGAACAUCUGCAGUUUGUUUGGGAAGUGGUCCUUCACCCUUACUGUUCCUGUGGUGUUAAUUUGGUCUGUCAUCAUUAAAAUGAGAACAUGAAAAUC